UUACCAAUGCGUUCAAAAUUUUGUGUGUGUAAAUUCUUGAUUGUAGCGGAGCUGCUGGGUGUGUGGAUCGCUCUGUCCCGGGGAAGGAUAAAGACUUGCGCCGUAACAGCGAGCAUUGGGGAAAACAAGGGACCGGGCUGCCGUUACGCCUUCAACACCGUAAGCUUUAUCUUUCAUCAUGAUGCCUUCUCUUCGUCAAUCUCGGCCAGUGGCUUCCAAACUCCCAAAACUGGGGAAGCCAGUUAUUGCAGAAAAUAAUCGACCUGAUAAGGUGGAGAUCAGUCAGACGAAGCGUUCACCUUCCUCUCCACAGGGAGGCGCAAAGAAGAGAGCAGCAUUUGGGGACAUUACCAAUGCUCACAAAAACCCACAGCUACUUCAGAAGAAGAAGGAAGGACAGAAAAUUUCCACCAAGAAGACAAAAAAUGUCCCCACAAAUGACGUUACAAAGAAUAAUGAACUCAAUAUCAAGAAGACUCAAAAGAAGGCAAUAGUAACUGAAGAGCCUCUCCCUGAAUUGAAAGAAGAAAAAUUAAGUGCUGAGGAGAAAAAAUCUGUAACUGCCAAGGAAAUACCUGAGGAAAAGGUUCUCCCACCUGGUGUUGAGGAUAUAGAUCAGGACUCUCUUGACGACCCAUUUUCUAACUCUGAAUACGCAAUGGAUAUUUUCAACUAUAUGCGGGACAGAGAGGAGAAGUUUCUGCUUCCUAAUUACAUGGAGAUGCAAACAGAUAUUAGCAAGGAUAUGAGGGCCAUCCUUGUGGAUUGGAUGGUGGAAGUGCAGGAGAACUUUGAGCUGAACCAUGAAACCCUCUACUUGGCAGUGAAAAUGGUGGACCAUUAUUUAGCAGCGACUGUCUCAAUGAAGGAGAAACUCCAGCUCAUUGGCUCAACUGCUGUACUCAUUGCAUCCAAGUUUGAGGAGCGCUGCCCACCCUGUGUUGAUGAUUUCAUGUACAUCUGUGAUGAUGCAUACAAAAGGGAUGAAGUCGUUGCUAUGGAAAUGGAAAUCCUGCAGAAACUCAACUUUGACAUCAAUAUCCCAGUCCCUUAUCGUUUCCUGCGCAGGUUUGCUAAGUGUGCCCAUGCCACUAUGGAGACUCUGACACUUGCCAGGUACAUCUGUGAACUCACCCUACAGGAAUAUGACUUUGUGCAAGAGAGUGCAUCUAAGAUGGCUGCCGGCUGCCUUCUGCUUGCUCUUAAAAUGAAGGGGUUGGGCGGAUGGACUGCCACACUACAGCAUUACAGUGGGUAUCAGACCAAGGAUUUAUUGCCCUUGGUGAAGAGGUUGAAUUUCCUUCUCACACAUCCACCCAAUGAGAAGUUGAAGGCAGUGCGGGGAAAAUACUCACACAGGGUCUUCUUUGAAGUGGCAAAAUUGCCCCCCAUGGACGUGCUAACAAUAGAAGAGUCCCUUCAGAGCUAACACUGCCCAACUUGCCCCAGAAUCUCUUCUCCUUGCCCUUGUGUAUAUAGGCUGUAAAUAUAUGUACUUUUAUAUAUUAUGUAUUUUCUGUGUCUUGGCAGCUUGAUGCGCACUCUUAUGCAUUUUAUAUGAACUGUGUGUGAGCUUCAGAUACCACAGAGCCUCAUGGGAUGCAAAUGUUAAUUAAAAAAAAUGCUGAGGAUACCAUU